UUGACUAGAGAAGAUGAUUUUACUGGCAUUCUUGUUGUAUAAACACUGUCGGUUCAAGUGGGAGAAUAUAUCAGAACUGUUCAUCUUCAUUACAACAACUUAUUCAUACUUCUUGUCGAACAGGGAAUUGGAAUAGAUCGAUUACUUCUAGUUUAAGCCCAAAUCACAUUCAAUAAUUGUGACUUAGGGAGCGUGAUCUAUUGCCAUAAUAUACAAUCGUACAUUAUAUGGAUUAAUGUUUUCCAAGGUACAUUAUGAUUAGGAUUUACCAUGGCUAAUCGAGGUGCUAUUGGUCCUUGACUGUCCAUAAAGAUAUACCCCUAGGUCCCUGCUCUACCAAUCACUAUGUUAGCUUCAUAAGAAUGGCACGCACGAGUGGAUGCCAGAGAAGAUCUACCACGGCUGCUCAAGAUUCCGAUCGGGAAACCGAGCACUGCCGCUGUUGGAUUAUCUUACUCGUGGUGUUCCUUUUCCUUUUACUGGUGUUUUAUUUCGUCGAGAGCAUAAUCAGAAGCGGGCCACCAGAUGACAUAAAGAUCACUGUAACUGAUGCCUCCCUCACCGAGUUCAACAUAACCAGCUCCAACAACUACAAUCUCGACCUCAACAUCACCCUUCGAAAUCCCAACAAGGAUUUUGGAAUCUACUACCGGUACAAGGCUCUAGUCGUCGCAGACUACCGCAAGACGUCUGCUAUGGCCAGCAUUGCUAACUUUCACCAACCAGCAAAGAAUACGACUCUUCUGACGCCGUCGUUUAAACUGCAGCGGGAUAAUAUUACUGGCGAUGCAGCUGCGUCAGGGAAAGGGAAUUACUACGACAUUGUCGUUACCCUCUAUCUUCCAAAGAAGUACGUACAAGUCCGUCACCUGGUGGAAGAACGAUUGGCUAAGCAGUAUACAACUCUACGCAUGUGACUUGAAGGUUCCUUUGAACAAUGGAUCAAAAUCAGUCGAUGCUUUCAAUACUACCCACUGCGCGCCAAAUAAUGAUUACCACCGUUGGUUUUUGGUUUAAUCAAGUUCAAUCCUAAUUGAAGGUUAAUUAUUUUUUGAGCACUCUUAUUUUUUUGUGUUUGUUUUUUCCCAUCGGUAUGAAGUUUAGUCUCCUCUUUAGUUAAUUUUGUUUGUGUUGUAAAUGAUAAUGACUAUUCAUGCAAUAGGUAUUGCUUAAUGUAUGCGAUUGACAGACUCGUAAUGUAUGCGAUUGACAUACUUGU